ACAAUCUGACGAAUGCUACGGCAUGGCGUGUCGUACGUAUAGCGUGCCUCGUAACACUUCCUUGUUUCCCUUUUGCUUGAACGUGGUAGCAGAUGACAACAUUUGAUUGUAUUGUUUUCUUGCGUUUAAUGGUGUUGUGACUCGGAAGCUUUUAAUCAGCGUCUUUAUUUUAACCAGUUAUAUUCUUCAUGCUGAAGUACCUUUACAUAUCGUGUGUCUGUGUACUCCAUGCUCUACUCAACACAAGCCAUGUUGCAGGAAGAGACUUUACCCGCCAGGAUAUGGCUGACUACAGGGAAAGAAUAAAGUCCAUGUUCUAUCAUGCUUACAACAAUUACUUGGAAAAUGCUUUUCCAUAUGAUGAACUGCGACCUUUAACUUGUGAUGGCCAAGACACCUGGGGCAGUUUUUCACUAACUUUGAUUGAUGCUCUUGAUACUCUUCUGAUUUUAGGGAACAGUACAGAAUUUCAGCGGGUAGCUCGCCUGCUGCAAGACAGAAUUAACUUUGACAUUGAUGUCAAUGCAUCUGUGUUUGAAACCAAUAUCCGAGUUGUGGGAGGACUGCUCUCUGCCCACCUGCUUUCAAAGAAAGCUGGUGUAGAAGUGGAUGUGGGCUGGCCAUGCACAGGCCCUCUUCUUCGAAUGGCUGAAGAGGCAGCUCGUAAACUAUUGCCUGCAUUUCAAACACCAACAGGAAUGCCUUACGGAACUGUCAAUUUACUGCAUGGAGUGAACCCAACAGAAACCCCUGUCACUUGCACAGCUGGAAUUGGAACUUUUAUACUGGAAUUUGCAACACUCAGUAGGCUUACGGGGGAUCCUGUUUUUGAGGAGGUGGCAAAAAAGGCACUGCGAGCUCUUUGGAAAACACGUUCUGAAAUAGGUCUGGUGGGCAACCACAUUGACGUGCUCAGUUCAAAAUGGGUUGCACAAGAUGCUGGCAUUGGAGCAGGAGUAGAUUCUUAUUUUGAGUAUCUUGUGAAGGGAGCCAUUAUGCUGCAGGAUGAAGAGCUGAUGUUAAUGUUUUCAGAAUAUGAUAAAGCUAUAAAAAACUACACAAAGUUUGAUGAUUGGUACCUCUGGGUUCAAAUGCAUAAGGGGACUGUUACUAUGCCAGUGUUCCAGUCUUUGGAGGCCUUCUGGCCAGGGAUGCAGAGCCUCAUUGGGGAUUUGGAUAAUGCCAUGAAAACCUUUCUUAACUAUUACACAGUUUGGAAACAGUUUGGAGGACUCCCAGAAUUCUAUAGCAUCCCUCAGGGGUACACUGUGGAGAAAAGGGAGGGGUAUCCUUUGCGACCAGAGCUGAUUGAAAGUGCAAUGUAUUUAUACCGUGCCACUGGUGAUCCAACUUUUUUGAAAAUGGGAUGUGAUGCUGUAGAAUCCAUUGAAAAAAUCAGCAAAGUAGAAUGCGGGUUUGCAACAGUUAAGGAUGUGAGGGAUCAUAAGCUUGAUAACCGAAUGGAGUCCUUUUUCCUUGCCGAAACAGUCAAGUACCUCUAUCUCCUGUUUGACCCAGACAACUUUCUUCAUAACAGUGGUUCACAGUUCGACACAGGGGGUGUUCUGAAUGCUGAUUGCAUCUUAGGUGCAGGAGGGUAUAUUUUCAACACUGAAGCCCAUCCACUUGAUCCUGCAGCAUUACAUUGCUGUAGUAGAAGACAACAGGAGUUCCUAGAGGUGGAAGAAAUGAUGCUUGAUUUAAAAAACUCUCAUCUCCAUUCAAGAUCACCAAACAAUAUAGGUCAAACAGCACAAGGAGAAACCAAGAAUGAAAUUGAAAUAGAACCAGUCACUGAAUCUGACAAAAAGAAAAUGAAAGCACCAAUCCUCAGCUGCCCUAGUCAACUUUUUACUACUAAACUUUCAGUACUUGGACAAGUAUUUUCUGAUGAUACAUAAAAUACUUGCACGGCAUUAAGUUACUUAACUUUUUAAAAAAUAAAUAUUAAAUUUCAGA